AAAUUUGCCCCUCCAUCAAUUAAUCAGCACGAGGGAUAUCUGCUGUUUGCCCAAGCCACAGCCUGUUUCCUCAAAUCCCAACCCUCUCCUCACAUUCUUCAACUCAAGUAAGAAAAAAAGACAAGCUACACACGCAGCAACCAUGGUCUUAGCAAAGUCUAAGAACGCUGUCGGGCUCGGCAAUGCCCUCAUGAACGACCGGUUUGGAAAAGGCAAAGGCGCCGAUCGCAAGCGAGUGGGGGCCGUGACGCGAGUCAACCACACGACUGGCGAGCAAUACAUCACGAACGACCGGGAGGAGGCAUCAUGGGUCAAGAUGCGAUCCGUGACAGAGCAGGGCGCCCUGGACGAGUUCCUGGCGACUGCCGAGCUGGCCGGUACCGACUUCACGGCCGAGAAGACGAACAAUUUCAAGAUCAUCCACACUGACCAGCGGAACCCAUACCUGUUGUCUGCUGUCGAGGAGAGAGCCGUGUUGGGGAAGCAGCGCAAGCACAAGGCGCGGCUGACGGUGCCGAGGAGGCCGAAAUGGGACUCGACGACGACGCCCGAACAGCUAGACCGGCUUGAACGGGACGCUUUUAUCAGUUGGCGGAGGGAUCUUGCCGACCUGCAGGAGAACCAAGACUUGUUGAUGACCCCGUUUGAGCGUAACUUGGAGGUCUGGAGGCAGCUCUGGAGAGUCAUCGAACGGUCCGACGUUAUCAUCCAGAUUGUCGAUGCCCGUGAUCCCCUCCUGUUUCGGUCUGAGGAUCUAGAAAAUUACGUCAAGGACGUUGAUCCCGAAAAGGAGAACUUGCUUCUGAUUAAUAAGGCCGAUAUGAUGACAUACAAGCAGCGGAAAGCUUGGGCCAACUAUCUGAAGGGCGCGAAUAUUGCGUUCAAGUUCUUCUCCGCUAGUCUAGCGGAGAAGAUGAACGAGGAACGCAACCGGGAGAGUGAUGAUGAGGUGGAUGGAGGCCUACAGAAUGCCAGCGCUGGUCCGUCAACCAAUGCCGCUCCUGCUGCAGAUAGCGAAACGGACGACGACGACGACGACGACGACAACGAGACAGACGGAGAUGAGUUGAGUGAAGAGCAUGGUCAUAUUGAGGAAGAUGACACCAAGAUUCUCACAAUUGACGAGCUGGAAAGCAUAUUUUUGCAGUACGCACCAAAGGAUCACGGUCCGGAUCGGAAGCUGCAAAUCGGCCUUGUCGGAUACCCAAACGUGGGAAAAUCAUCGACCAUUAACGCUCUUAUCGGGGCCAAGAAAGUGUCGGUAUCGUCCACACCCGGCAAGACGAAGCAUUUCCAGACCAUCCACCUGAGCGACACGGUCAUUCUUUGUGAUUGCCCAGGUCUCGUGUUCCCGAAUUUUGCGACCACCAAAGCCGACCUAGUGUGCAAUGGCAUAUUGCCCAUCGAUCAGCUGCGCGAAUUCACAGGUCCUGUCGGUUUGGUAACCCUCAGAAUUCCGCAGCCAUUCUUGGAAGCCGUCUACGGUAUCCACAUACGGACGCGGCCGAUCGAGGAGGGAGGUACGGGAGUGCCGACAGCCGAGGAGUUCCUCGCGUCAUAUGCACGGCACAGGGGGUUCAUGACCCAGGGGCAGGGCCAGCCGGACCAGUCGAGAGCAGCGCGCUACAUCCUCAAGGACUAUGUCAGCGGAAAGCUCCUCUACUGCGAGCCACCGCCCGGCAACGAAGAUCCAAAGGAGUUCAACCGCGAGUUGUACGACAUGGCGCAUCUCCCAACGAAGCGGCGGCUGGCCGUGGCAGCAGCCAUGGAGGCCUUGUCGAUCAACAGCGACGACGGGAUCUCCCUGACGUCGGAAGUUGCUUCACUGCCCACUGGGCCAAAGACGGCCAGGUUGGACAAGGCCUUCUUCAAGGCCGGGGAGGUGGGUGCAGGACACCUGGCCAGGCCAUUCAAUUACAAGUACACGGACCAAGGGCGGGAAGAGUCGGGGAAGCCGUUGACUGGACGGAAACUGAGAGCCAUGGUUGCUCUGGAGACUGGGGUGGAGCCGAAGGAUGUGCAGCUCAAGUCGAGGAAGAAGCAUUUCAAGGGCGGGCAGAAGGGGAAGGGGAAGGGGAAGGCGGUCGACGAAGAUGAUUGAAUCGGCCUCCCCCUCCGUGGUCUCGUGGGCUUUUGAUUGGCAACCUCGUUCUCGGAUGCAUGCCACGUGGGCCUGGUUCCGUGAAUCUACUACCUACCAACCUUACCUACCUAAGGUAUGCAGAUGCGCGAGGACGCAGUGAGCUCCGAUAUCG